ACCACGACUGCGAGCGGCCUCAAGUACCUCGACGUCGUUAGUGGCAACGGCGAGGUUGCAGAGAAAGGCGCGGUGGUUCAGGUGGACUACACAGGGACGCUCGCCUCGGACGGCACGCAGUUCGACUCGAGCAAAGGCCGCUCGCCGCUCGCAUUUGAGCUCGGCGCCGGCCGCGUGAUCCCGGGGUGGGACGAGGGCAUUGCCGGAAUGAAGGUGGGCGGCAAGAGAACGCUGGUGGUCCCGGCGUCGCUUGCGUACGGAGAGACGGGUGCGGGCGCCAGCAUCCCGCCCGACUCGGACCUGGUGUUUGAGACUGAGCUGGUCGGCAUA